UUUUUCAUAACGGGCCACUACGACCGUCAAGGAAGCCGAAGAAGAGAGAAGCGGAAGUCAACAAAGAAGGAGCGUUACACAUUCUGUCGUUUUGAUCCGGGACCGACAGUUGAAGGUGUUAUUUGAGACUUACGACUUCAUUUGGCCACAUAAUAAUAAAGAAUGGCGGAUGAGGAGGACGAGGUUGGCUUUGACGAGGAGCUGGAGGACGGCUCCAGCGGCGUGGAUGUAGGACACGGCAAGAGAAAGAGGCUGUUCUCCAAGGAGCUCCGGUGUAUGAUGUACGGAUUUGGAGACGACCAAAAUCCGUACACGGAGUCCGUGGAUAUUCUGGAGGACCUGGUGAUCGAGUUCAUCACGGAAAUGACCCACAAAGCCAUGUCCAUCGGUCGGCAGGGCCGCGUCCAGGUGGAGGACAUAGUUUUCCUCAUCCGGAAAGACCCGAGGAAGUUCGCCAGAGUCAAAGACCUCUUGACAAUGAACGAGGAGCUGAAGAGAGCCCGUAAAGCUUUCGAUGAAGCAAACUAUGGCUCCUAAAUUCACCUUUUGUGACUAUUUUUACAAGCUGCCUCAUCUGUUCAUUUCUUGUUUGUUGCGCAUCUGUAUAUGUUUUGAUUGGGAUCCGCUAAGUUCGCCUGUUUUAAAGGAUUAACCUACAAUUGUUUCAUUGACUAUCACCUUCAUGUCGUUUUCUUACAUUUUAAUUAACAGCGUAGAGUGACUUGUUGACAUUGUGUUAUGUAUUCCAUGCAGUGGCACAACAUGGCACAGACACCCUGAUGUGCUGUCUAGGAGAGUUUGAAUAAAGAACAUAUUUGAAUAAUA